CCAGUGCCUACUAAUCGUUUGAAACGAUUACCAGUGCCUACCAAUCAUUUUAACUACUACCAGCGCCUAUCAGUACUACCAACUCCUACCAAUAGUUUGAAACGCUUACUAACUCCUACCAAUAGUUUAGAACGCUUGCCAACACCUACCAAUAGUUUGAAACGCUUACCAACACCUACUAAUAGUUUGACACGCUUACCAACACCUACUAAUAGUUUGAAACGCUUACCAACACCUACCAAUAGUUUGAAACUCUUACCAACAUCUACCAAUACUUUGAAACGACUAUCAGCACCUACUAGUAGUUUGAUACGACUAUCAGCACCUACCAAUCUUAUGAAUCGACUACCAGCACAUACCAAUAAUUUGUAG